CGGCCGGCGGCGCGGCUGUCCGCCGUGCUGGGCCGCCUCCUGACGCCGACCCCGGUGCCGACCCCUGCCGACUGCCGUGCCAUCUCGCUGGAGACGCUGCACAAGCGCCUGCAGAACCGCAAGCCGUACGUGAAGAAGCGGCCGCUGGACGGCAACCCGCAGAUGAAGGGCGUCGUACUCAAGACGCUCAUCAAGAAGCCGAAGAAGCCGAACUCGGCCAACCGGCGCUGCUGCCUGGUGCGGCUCAGCAACGGCAAGGAGAUGGUGGCGUACAUCCCCGGGGAGGGCCACAACCUGCAGGAGCACAACAUCGUGCUGGUGCGCGUGGGGCGGCUCCGGGACGUGCCCGGCGUCAAGAUCAAAUGCAUCCGCGGCAAGUAUGACCUCUCGCACGUGGUGAAGAAGACACCGACGUAGUGCCGGUGGCGCGGAGAGGCGAGCAGGCCGGCGCGCGUGCGGGUGUGGGUGGAGUGAUGCCAGACGGGGCGGUGUAGCAGUGGUGUGUGAUUGCGUGCCCGCUGGUUGGGAGCAGGCUUGACCCUGCGUGGAAAUCGUAGAUUAACUCUGUGCUGAGCUGUCGUGAGAUUGCCUCUGGGUUAAGAAAUAUGUGGGAACGUGCGAGCAAAAGGGCUGAUGUUCGACGGUGCAGAUAUGGAGCGGAGUUCCGUGUGUGUGUUAUCCCACAAGUGUGGUAUCUGAGAGCGACGUGUUUUCAUUAAUAAAACGCGUUCUGACGGACGCACAUACCAUGCGAA